GUUUCCCUAGGCAAGGUUAACGAACUCUACCAAGCCUGUCACACUGCAAAUCAACUCCCUGAAGGCACGCAUAGCGUGAAGGGUGUUGGUCGGGUGACACCAGAAGAGUCCACAUGGAGUAAGCUUGAUGAUGACGUGACCGUUCCCAUCGGCAAAUUGGUGCCAUCACCUGAAGCGAAUUCCGACAAUUUGGCUCUUCAAUUUAACGAGUACGUUGUUUACGAUCCAAAUCAGGUGCGUCUACGCUAUCUGGUCAAGAUCAAGUUUAAUUUCUGUUAA